AUACUCCCUCAUUCUAUGUCGUUUUUGGUUCUGGCAUCGCUGCCAGGCUAAUAGUUGAUGAUUGCAGCACCGUAGCAGUAGAUGCUGGUGGACGUGCUACGCGUACAGGCGGCGGGCGCUUAUUAGGGUGGUCGAGUGGGAGCGUGAGCGAGAGACGGGGACGUCGGCCAUGACGCAGCAGCAGCAGCCACAACUGGUCCCCGCCGUCAGCGUGGUGGAUCACGACACCCUCAAGUCUGAGCUGGCCAUCUACUGCCGACAGCUCCAGAGCAAGGAGCAAGCCCUGAGGAUCAUCAAACAAGAACUCGACCUCUCGCGAGAGACAGUCGAUCACAGUCGCCAGGAAAUCGCUCAGCUUCGUAGUCAGCUGGCCCGCAGUUCCAGUGCUCCCAGUGAAGACCUGGUACAAGAGAGGGAGCAGUUUGUGGCUCAACUUGAGUCCUCUCAGGAGAGGAUAGCUGAGCUGGAGAGGCAGCUGCAGAUGGAGGAAGAUGAGAAGGAAGAGGUCUUGGGACAGAGAGACUACUUCUCAAGUCAGUGCUCGGCUCUCAAAAAGUGUCUGGAGGAGAAGAAGAACGAGCAACCGCCGUCUCAGUGUGCCCUGCAGACACUGGCCGAAGAAAACAGAGAGUUAAAGUUGAAGUUGGUGGAGGUUCAGGCUGAAAGAGAUCAGGCCAACGCUAGAAUAGAUCGCUACAAGAGAGCAGUGGAGAGAAAAAAGGCUCAGGAGGACAAAGAACAACCCUCAACUGCCGCCGGAAGACACAACAACCUGCGACAGGCCCUGCGGAGGGUGACUGAGCUGGAGACACUGGCCAACUGCCUCUCUGAGACUGUGAAAGAGAAAUCCAUCGCUCUCACCCAUCAGAAGAAGGCCAACAAGAUCCUGGGAGCCAGGGUGGCCGACUUGGAACACAGACUCAAGGUUCUGGAGAUUUCGGGUCUCUGGUCCGCCUCCUCUUCCUCCGGUCCCGUUCUGGAUCUGGCCUGGAACGAGGACACCAAGAACGGAAUGGAGCUAAUGACACCUCACAGAGAUCCCCACCUCCCCACCGCCUCCCCUCCCCAGAGCUCACUCACCCACCAUUCAUCUCCUCCCCCUCACUGUCCACACUCAUCAGAACAAGAUCUGCAGCUCACUCCCCUCCCUCCUCCCCUCUCCUCCUCCUCCUCACAACCACUAACCACAGACUCUCAUCAGCAGGAGCCACCGGAAUCCAAUGGGGAAGGACAAGUUUCCCCGGACAACCAGCCGGAGAGGGUGAAAGAAAGAGAGAAAACUUCAGUAGAGGGGACUCCUGUAGUAUUUGCAUAAUCAUCUCUCUUUCUCUCUCUCGUUAAAUUUUGCGGUCAUCAUCCGGCCGCCCCGUCAACAUUUAUUGCGCAUGCGCACGCGUAAGAUGCACUUUGACGCCUUGAUACACGUACUACGUACCGCCUUUGCCCCUUGUCCGGUGCAUUCAUUUUGCAGGAACUUCAUCUCUACCGAAUCGACUGUGGGAUAUUUCUAUUCCACUUGUUGCAGCGGGCAGCCAUGGCCGACACGAGAAACGUCUUGAUCCUGUUCGACGUGGACGGAACGCUAACGCCGUCCAGACUGGUGAUAAAGCCGGAGAUGAAGGCGUUCCUGGCAGAGCUGAAGAAGAAGGCAGUGCUUGGGAUUGUGGGAGGGUCUGACUACCCCAAGAUGGAGGAGCAGAUGGGAGGAGCUGGCUUUAAGGACAUGUAUGACUAUGUGUUCCCUGAGAACGGACUAGUGGCCUACCACAACGGAGAACUCUUCAGCAAAAUGAGUAUCAAGGACCACAUGGGGGAGGAGAAGAUCAAAGUGUUUGACAACUUCUGUUUGCGCUACCUCGCCGACCUUGAUCUACCCAAGAAGAGAGGAACUUUCAUAGAGUUCAGGAACGGGCUCAUAAACGUGUGUCCAGUAGGGAGAAACUGCACUCAGGAAGAGAGAAUGGAGUUCUUUGAAUACGACAAGGUGGAGACAUCUGUACCAGUAUUUCAACUUACUAAACAUUCGCUCAAACAUCUCCCUUCUUUCUCCUCUCUCCCUCUCGUCCCCACUCAGAAACACCAAAUCCGGGAGAAGUUUGUGGCUGCACUGCAGAAGGAGUUCCCCGACAUUGGCCUCAAGUACUCCAUCGGCGGUCAGAUUAGUUUCGACGUCUUCCCCAUCGGCUGGGACAAGACCUUCUGCCUCGGUCUCCUGGACCUCUCCAAGUACAAAGAGAUUCACUUCUUUGGCGACAAGGUGUACCCUGGUGGUAAUGACUAUGAAAUCUAUGAAGACAAACGGACAGCAGGCCACAAGGUCACCAGUCCAGAAGACACCAUGAGCCAACUCAAAGAACUAUUCUUCAAAGACUAGGAGCUGAUUUUGUGACCAUGUGUAGCAUCUCUCUAAUCUUUACAUGCGUGUGUGUAAUAAAUUUUUAAACUUUCCCGCAAAAUU